AUGAAGCGCUACGACUCGGACGUGAACUUGGUUCAAAAGUCCGUCGGCGCGCUGCACGCGUCGCCGUCGCAGGCGUCCGGCCUCGGCCGCAUCGUCGAGGCGAGCGACGACUCGGGGACCGUCUCCUCGCUCACGAAGGUGAUCUGCACCGUCGGCGUGAAGAGCCGCACCGUCGAAGAGCUCAUCGCGCUCCUCGAGGCGGGGAUGAACAUCGCGCGCUUCGACUUCUCCUGGGGCUCGAUGGCGUACCACACGAAGACGCUGGAGAAUCUCAGAGAGGCGCAGAGGCGGACGAAGAUCUUGUGCGCGACGAUGCUCGACACGCGCGGGCCCGAGAUCGGGAUCGAGCUCGCGCCCAAGGACGUGACGUCGUUCGACGCGAACGCGCCGAGAGCGCCCGUGGUGAUGACUCAAGGGAACAGGGUGACGCUCACGACGGACGCCACGGUGCCGGCGAGCGCGGCGUUCCUCCCCGUGAACACCCCGGAGCUCGUGAAUUUCGUGCACCCCGGGGACGACAUCUUCGUCGGGCAGUACCUCUUCACGGGCUCGGAGACGUCGUCCGUGUACCUCAAAGUCGACGAGGUGGACGCGAAAGCGGGGAUGGUGACGUGCACCGCGCGCAACGACGCGAAGCUCAGCGGCGUGCUGCUCACCGUGCAGGUGGCGAACAAGCAGGGCGAAGACAUGCCGACGCUGAGCGAGUGGGACCGCCGCGUCGUGAAGGAAUGGGCGGCGCCGAACGAGGUCGACUUCGUGUCGGUGUCGUUCACGCCCGACGCGGCGGCGAUUCGCGAGUGUAAGGAGUUGCUCGCGGACGCGGGGAUCCCGGGGACGAAAGUCUUGGCGAAAGUGGAGCGACUCGCGGCGUUGCGGAACAUCGACGAGAUCGUCGCCGCCGCGGACGGGGUCAUCCUCUCGCGCGGGAACUUAGGCUUAGACAUGCCCCCGGAGAAGGUUUUUUUGUCCCAGAAGAUGGUCCUUUUCAAGUGCAACGCGGGGGGCAAGCCGGUCGUCGUCACGAGGGUCGUGGACACGAUGACGGAGACGCCGCGGCCGACGCGCGCGGAGGCCACGGACGUCGCCAACGCGGUGCUCGACGGCGCAGACGCGAUUCUCCUGGGCGCGGAGACCCUGCGAGGCGCGUUCGCGGCGAAGACGGUGGACACCGUGCGACGGAUAUGCCGCCAGGCCGAGAAGGUGUUCGACCACGAGAACCACUACCAGCAGCAGCUCCCGCAGAGCGUCAUGGACGAGGGCGGAGGGCUGUCGCAAUCGGAGGCGUUGGCGUCGAGCGCGGUGCGCGCGGCGUCCAAGGUUGGCGCCGCGAUGAUCGUCGUCUUCACGCGCACGGGGCACACCGCGCGUCUCGUGUCCAAGUACCGACCGAACAUGCCGAUCGUGUCGCUGGUGAUCCCGCGCGUGACACAGAACAGCAUUCGGUGGGUGUUGGACGGCGAGCAGGCGGCGCGUCAAGGGUUGUUAAAUCGCGGCGUGAUCCCUCUUCUCGCGAACCCGACGAACAGCGACAUGUCCGCGCUUCUCCGCGUCGUGUUCGACUUCGCGAAGAAGAAGGGGACGUUGACGGAGGGAGAUCAGGUCGUCGUGAUACAAAAGGUGGGUACCACGUCCGUCGUGAAGGUCGUCCCGUUCGGGAAGUCGCGAGACUCGACCGCCGCCGUCGCGUGA